ACGCGGUGUGGGGUGGGAUCUGUGGGCUGCUGGCGGUGACAUGUAAUAUAUUCCCUCUCCAGCCCUGUUUUCUCGUGCAGCAUGGACGGCACGGUGGUGGUGUGGGACCCGGUCACCAUGGAGUCCUGCAGCCAGCUGCAGCUGCAACAAUGCUGCUAUCUGUCCGCCAUCAGUCUGCACCAGCGCAACCUCUGGUGUUGUGCUGACCAGAGCCUGGUGAUGUUGUCCUGGGAUGGGCAGCAGCUUCAGAAAGUGACCCACGACCUGACCCCGGAUGGAGGCUCCGUCCCCUGGAGCCACUUCCUCAUCCUACCUCAGAGGGAGGAGGUGUGGGUGCUGAGCACCCCGAGGUGCAGCCUGUACGUGUGGAGCAUGUGCUGCCUGUCCGCACCCGCGGGGGUGAUGUCGCUGCCCAGCAGCGGACACUGCAUGGUCCACGUCAAGGAGCAGGUGUGGGUGGGCGGUGCGGCGCCAGACGGUGGUGGCCGGAUCCAGGUGGUCAGCGCGGCCGAUCGCUCGCUGGUGAAGGAGCUGGAGGCAUCGGGUGGCCCCGUCACCACACUCUGCUGUGCCCACGACCGCUACAUGCUCAGUGCCUCCGCCACUGGGCAGGCCAGCAUCUGGAGCGUGGACUGACCCAGACACCGGCUAGACGCUGGCCAGACACCGGCCCCUCGCUGUGGGACCGGGACCAGAUGGGCUAGCAACUGGCGCGUGGACUGAGACACAGAGUCUAGACGCCAGACACCCCUCCCUCGCUGCGGGCAAUUUACAGAGACAAUUAACCUUCAAACCCGCACGUCUUUGGAGUGUGGGAGGAAACCAGAGCAUCCGGAGAAAACCCACGCAGGUCACAGGGAGAACGUGCAAACUCUGUACAGACAGCAGCCGUGAUGACCCAUCUCACUCUGUCACAGUGCCAACAUUGUGAUCUACACUGGGAAUACCCACAAGAGAGCUCUACCCACCCCGCCUACCCACCCCCUCUCUCUCCCCCUUACUCUCUCCCCCCUCAUUCUCACCCUCUCUCUCA